GAAGAAGAGCGAGAAAGCGGGCAGUGGGGGAGGUGCCUCGGCGCCACCUACUGGUCCGAUGCGAAAGUACCGGGGUGAUAGGAGAGAGAACUCGGCUCCACUGGGGCGGGGCAUUGUGGGUAAGAGGAAGAGCUGGGGGAGGACCAAACUCCCCCCACGUGUCUGCUGGAGUUUUACCAGCAACAUGGCUGCUGCCUGAGAGAGUCCGGCCCGCCGCCACCGCCGCCGCUGCCGCUGCCGCCGCCGCCGUCGCCCCUUCCGCCACUGCCGCCCCUGCAGCCUGAGGGGAUCGCUGCUGUCUCAGUCUCCUCUUCCGCCUGCCUACUCCUGCUGCUCCUCCUCUUGCUCCCCCUCCCCCGCCCCGUUCCCCGCUUCCCGCAGCCGCCCCCUCCCCCCGGCGUUCGUCUUCGGGCCAGUUGGUACUGACAUUUGAGAGGGGAACCUGGCUGUUGGUGUACUGCUCCCAGGGCAAACCCGCAUCUGCCCAUCUGGGCAGGUAGUUUGUGCCCGAAGAAGGACUGGUUUUUGUUUGCCCAUCCUAGUAUGGCCAAUGAAGAAAAUGAUCCAGUCGUACAAGAGAUUGAUGUAUACCUGGCCAAAAGCCUUGCUGAGAAGCUCUACCUAUUUCAGUACCCUGUCCGUCCAGCCUCGAUGACCUAUGAUGACAUCCCUCACUUAUCAGCCAAGAUUAAACCAAAGCAACAAAAAGUGGAGCUCGAAAUGGCUAUUGACACUAUGAAUCCCAACUACUGCCGAAGCAAAGGAGAGCAGAUAGCACUUAAUGUGGAUGGCACCUGCACAGAUGAGACAAGCACUUAUUCCACGAAACUGAUGGACAAACAGACAUUCUGUUCUUCACAGACUACAAGCAACACUUCUCGCUAUGCUGCCGCUCUCUACAGAAAAGGCGAACUUCACUUGACCCCUCUGCACGGCAUCCUGCAGCUGCGGCCCAGCUUCUCCUAUCUGGAUAAAGCCGAUGCCAAACAUCGAGAGAGGGAGGCGGCCAAUGAAGCUGGGGAUUCUUCUCAGGAUGAAGCUGAAGAAGAUAUCAAGCAAAUCACGGUGCGUUUCUCUCGGCCAGAGUCAGAACAGGCUCGCCAGCGGCGGGUUCAAUCUUAUGAAUUUCUCCAGAAGAAGCAUGCUGAAGAGCCUUGGGUGCACCUGCACUACUAUGGCCUGCGGGACAGCCGAUCUGAGCACGAGCGUCAGUAUCUUCUGUGCCAGGGCCCUGGGAUGUCAGAGAGCACAGAGCUCAUCAAAUCUCCAAGUGAGUACUUGAUGAUGUUAAUGCCUCCAAGCAUCGAGGAAGAGAAGGAAAAACCUAUGGCUCCUAGCAAUGUUCUGUCGAUGGCCCAGCUGAGAACUCUACCUUUGGCAGAUCAGAUUAAGAUACUGAUGAAGAAUGUGAAGGUCAUGCCUUUUGCCAACCUGAUGAGCCUGCUGGGCUUGGGGACCGACUCAACAUCUGUGCUGCGCUGCAUCCAGCAGGUGGCGAUGCUGGUGCAGGGAAACUGGGUUGUGAAGAGUGAUAUCCUGUACCCAAAGGACAGCUCCAGCCCUCACAGUGGGGUACCUGCAGAAGUGCUCUGCAGGGGUCGGGACUUUGUUAUGUGGAAAUUCACACAGAGUCGCUGGGUAGUGAGGAAGGAAGUAGCAACAAUUACAAAACUUUGUGCAGAGGAUGUAAAGGACUUUCUGGAACACAUGGCCGUAGUGAGAAUCAACAAGGGCUGGGAGUUUUUGCUCCCUUAUGAUGAGGACUUCAUCAAAAAGCAUCCAGACGUCGUUCAGCGGCAGCACAUGCUGUGGAUGGGCAUCCAGGCUAAAUUAGAAAAAGUCUAUAGUCUUCUAAAAGAGACUGUGCCAAAGACUGCAGAAGGACAAUCAGUGCCUGUUAUGCUGAUCUCUGGAGAUCAGCGAGUCCAAGCUGCCAAGGCCAAGGCCCAGCAGAACCACUUGCUGCUGGAACGGGAAUUACAGUGGAAGAAGGAGCAGCUGCAGACAAUGCAGGCCUCUUCCAGUGUGCGGAUCAAGGAAGAGCCAGUGAGUGAAGAGGAAGAGGAGGAAGAGCAAGCUGACAAGGAGGAGGAGCCCAUGGACACCUCAACCUGUGGCAGCCUCAGAAAUAAGUUGGCCAAUGGGCUUCCUACUGGACGAGCCAUGGGAGGUGACACCCUCAACGGGCAUCCCCCAACAGGCUGUGGGGAAGCACCCAUGGCUCGGGAACUGAGGGCCUUUGUGGAGGCCACCUUUCAGAGGCAAUUUGUGCUUACUCUGAGUGAACUGAAGCGCCUCUUCAACAUGCAUUUGGCCAGCCUUCCCCCUGGGCACACAUUGUUUAGUGGCAUUUCAGACAGGAUGCUACAGGACACGGUGCUGGCUGCAGGCUGCAAACAGAUUUUGGUGCCUUUUCCCCCACAGACUGCUGCUUCUCCUGAUGAGCAGAAGGUGUUUGCACUCUGGGAGUCUGGAGACAUGAGUGAUCAGCAUCGACAGGUUUUACUUGAAAUAUUUUCCAAAAAUUAUCGGGUGCGUCGGAAUCUGAUCCAAACUCGACUGAAUCAAGAAUGUGGAGAAGAUCUCAGCAAACAGGAGGUGGAUAAAGUGUUAAAGGACUGCUGUGUAAGCUAUGGAGGCAUGUGGUACCUUAAGGGAACAGUGCAGUCCUGACAGUCAUAGUGAAACUGCUUAACCCCACAAACAUAGGCCAGAGGAUGGAUACCACAGUGAGCAGAGAUGGAAGUAACACCUUGACUUGCUUCAGGGAACAUGGGGAGGAUCUGAUCUUCAUGUGGCCUCGGGGCAUUGCACAAGGCAGUUAUAGAGGUCGACACGUUGAGUUUGCAUGACCAGCUGGAGGCCAGAGUACUCCCAGGAAAGAUCAGCCAGGAUCCUCUUCCAGUAUCAUUUGGAAUUCCUAAUGUAUUUUGCUUCUCAUUUGGUUCCAUUCUAAUAAAAAGAGUAUAUAAUGAUACAGGCGAGAUGGAAAAAAAAAAUCAUGGUUUAACAUUUUAUUUUGUAAUUUAAUGCCAACCAAGUUAAAAGUUCUGUUUACAAGAUGAGAAAAGCUUGAGGUUUUUAAUAUUUAAAAUGCCUAGAAGCUGAUGCUGAAUCUUAGAUUUUCUAUCUAUAAAAGCAUCUGCCAGUUCCAUUAAACAAGCCAAAUUGCAGUAUAAUACUGUUGGGUUUUUAUAGCCACUUAAAAAUUUUAAACAAUGUUAACUACCUUAUGUAGUGACUUUCUCUUAAUUGUUUACAUGAAACAGCAAAUAGAGAGGACAGACUUGUGAAUUAAAUUUAUAUAUUCUUUUGACCUGUUUGCACACCUAUGCAAAUAAAGGUAAGUCCUGGACAACAUGGAAGUGUAGUUAUCACAGUUUGUGAUGUACAGAUCUCUAUUUUGUGUAUUUUAAAAAUAAAUGCUAACAUAAACUCGGCAUCAUUUUGGUGCCACAUCUUUUUAUGACAAACAGAAAAGCAAUGUAACCAGCUUUUAAAGCAGUUGUACAAAAAAGUGAAGGAAGAUCAUUAAAUAGAAGGGAAAAUGAGAUUUUUAUUCUAAUGUCAAAAUUAGAAAUAGCCAAGCUCCGAUGAACAGGUUCUAGUUCAUCACAGUCAAUAAUUAGACUGUGAAAGAUGCUGGGAAAUUUACUGUUUUGCCUGCAUAUAGGAAGGUAUUCAAUUGCCAAUCUAUAUUUUGUACGAAAUCUGAGGGUAGCCUUUGUUCACCCUGUUGAUAUCAAUUGUAUAGGUUGGAAAGCUUUGGAAACUAUGUAGAAAUUCAUUAGUGUUCAUUAAAAUAUCCUAUCCCCUUCAA